AGCAAAAAGCAAAACAUUAAUUGUCAUUGUUUAUCCACCUAGCUGCUUGCUACCAUUCUAAAUCUGACUGAUCAUGCAAGCACCACCGACAAUGUCUUUCAAUGUUACGAUGACAACUCAAGAGCUGAUGGUCUGGCUUAAAGCUGAAGGACUAGGCUCUGAAGAUUGUGAGCGCUUGAGAGCUGAAGAGUUUGUUGGAGAGUCAUUUUGUCUUUUGAAGAAGGAGGAUAUUAAAGAGCUUGGCAUUGAAAUGGUGGAUCAUUUGGAGCAUUUGCUGGACAAAGUGACACUAGGAGGUGGUGCUGGUAGUGAUGAAUAUAUAUUUAGCAUUAGCGACGUGCCACUGUUGUGUAGGUCAGCCCCCUACGAGGUCGCUGCUUGCUGUGAGGCUAAUCCCGGGAGAAGCGCUGCGGUGUAUCCAAAGCAAUUAUGGGAUAUCAAAUGUCUCAAGGUUGCUUUCUUGAACCCUGAGGGUCUUGCCAAGUGGACAUUUCAAGGACUUCCGAUCACUAAAGCCACCAUUUUGGAAUGGGCAAAUGUUUGGAACCCGGAGAAAAAAGAUUCUAUUCCAUGGUUUGAAGAAACAGCCAGUGUUUCUCGUGCUCAGAUCCGCGUUCGUUUUUCAGACACAGGCACUUGCUGGUCGAUGGUGGGCAAGUGCGCAGAGAGAGUUACUAAAAACUCUGAUCCCACCAUGGCUCUGGAUCUCUCGAAAAUUAACAGACAGAAAGAUGCUGAGAAGAGGAGUCUGGUCAUCCACGAGUUCGGGCAUGCCCUGGGGCUAGGCCACGAGCACCUGCGCUGGGACUUCUGGGGAAAAGUCGGAGAGCACUUUGACAAGGACAGUGUUGAAGCUGCGUUGGAAUCGAAAAAUUGUAACAGUGAGGACAAAGCUAGCAGCAGCAGGGGGAAGAGAGCUACAUUUGAGAGGGAUUAUUAUGAUACAACUGAUGGACUGAAGUCUUCAUCAGUAGCGUAUGAUCCCGACAGCAUCAUGCACUAUGUGUUUGCUUUUGAUUGGCUCAAGAAAGAUUUCAGAGCAAAAUUUAAUAAUAAGCCUAAGCUUUUGUUUAAGUAUGAUGGUAUCAGCAAAGAAGCCCGAAACAUUUUUAAGAGUCUGUUUUCGAAGCAUUACAUUUCAGAAAAUCCUUCUGAAACUGACAUUCGGUGUCUGGAGGAAGUCUAUACUCGAAAUGUGAAUCCACAGUGAAUUAUUGAACUGUCCCAAACUGCUGAUAACUGUUUUUGUGAGCUUAUUUUUUAUACACUUUUUUGCUUUUUUAUGCACUGUUUGUAUCGUUUGUGCAUGCUUUGCUGUGUCAUGUUACCAAGA